CAACAAUGAGGAUUGUGUGUAACUCUUGGUUUAGGAUUUUCCACAAUUUAGGGAAGAAGAUCUGAAACCGUUUUACUACAAAAUACUCACAACUCUCUCUCGCUCUUCAAUGUCAACGAUUGCAGCAGGGAAGAAGAUAAAAAAAUCGAAACGAAUACCGAUUUAAGUUAGGGGUUAAAAAGGGGGACAUGGCAACUAAUGCAGAUAGAUAGACUAAAAAACUGUUCUCCUAAUCAACUUGACCAACAACACUGAUCGAUGUGAUGUGGUUGGUAUAUGUGUUCACGUGAGAUAUGAUGUUUGCACGCGUACCUUUCACGUUCGUCACCACGCACAACGCACGCAACAACAAGGAUGAGUGUUGGGUUGCUAGCGUGCCGCAGUCAGUGCGCAUUCCGAGUCGAUGUCGACAUUGUCGACGCACUUAGGCUUGACAACAUAUCGUCGUUCUUAUCCAAGUUUUGUAUUAGGUGUAUUGAACGUUUUUCUGAAAUUAUAGACUGGUACAAGGGAAUAUGUCACGAAACUGUAUAAUACAAGUAACCCUAAGUAUCUUCAACCCGCAUAGGAUUAAAGAUACCUUCUCACUAGAGAUGUGAACGAGUGCUCCUCCAUUCGAUCCCGGGCUGGCUAAGCCUAGCGUCGGGUUUGUUCCCUGAAAUAUACAGAAGCAAAGAAGUGGCAACUUCCAACCUCAUUACCUAGCGCUGAGAGUCAGUCUUUUAACUCAAUAGGCGAAAAACAUGGCUUCUGUUGCGGCCUGGCUUCCUUUCGCCCGAGCGGCUGCGAUAGGCUGGGUUCCUAUCGCUAACAACCCUCUUCCAGCUCCACCAAUUACUAGACAAAAAGAAGGCAGAGAGGAUGAAAAAUUCAUCAUCAACGUCAGCGGUUGCAAGUUCGAAACUUGGAGGAACACCGUGGAGAAAUAUUCCGAUACUCUGUUGGGGUCAAACGAGAGAGAAUUCUUUUAUGACGAGUCAAAAAAGGAGUAUUUCUUUGACAGAGAUCCUUAUCUAUUUCGAUAUAUCCUGAAUUACUACCGUACAGGAAAGUUGCACUUCUCUAAGCACGAGUGUCUCAUGGCUUAUGACGAGGAGCUGGCUUUUUUCGGGAUUAUUCCAGAUGUCAUCGGCGAUUGUUGUUACGAGGACUACAGGGACAAGAAACGGGAGAACGUCGAACGAAUCAUGGACGACAAGCUAUCAGAGGAUAACGAACACGAUGAUACUUCCAACUUCACGAUCAGGGAGAAGAUGUGGCGGGCCUUUGAGAACCCCCACACCAGCACGGCGGCUCUGGUGUUUUAUUACGUGACGGGUUUUUUCAUCGCGGUGUCCGUGAUGGCCAACGUGGUGGAAACGGUUCCCUGCGGGUUUACACCUGAACUAGAGGAGUCUCUCUCUUGUGGAGAGACGUUCAAGAUCGCGUUUUUCUGCCUGGACACUGCCUGCGUGCUGAUUUUCACGGCUGAAUACCUGUUGCGUUUAUAUGCAGCGCCUAGCAGGUGCCACUUCAUGAGAAGCGUCAUGUCAAUCAUCGAUGUCGUGGCGAUCCUUCCUUACUAUAUCAGUCUCGGUCUCACGGAUAACGAGGACCUGUCCGGAGCUUUUGUUACACUGCGGGUUUUCCGGGUAUUCAGGAUCUUCAAGUUUUCCCGCCACUCGCAAGGACUCCGGAUCUUGGGGUAUACCUUACAGAGCUGUGCUUCGGAACUGGGGUUUCUAGUCUUCUCACUGGCCAUGGCCAUCAUCAUCUUCGCCACGGUCAUGUUUUAUGCCGAGAAAAAUGUUAAUGAUACUAACUUCAGAAGCAUCCCCUCCGCUUUCUGGUACACUAUCGUUACCAUGACAACUUUAGGAUACGGGGACAUGGUACCCGCUACCAUCAUGGGAAAGGUUGUAGGUGGUGUCUGCUCCUUGAGUGGUGUGCUUGUAAUCGCACUACCAGUUCCAGUUAUUGUGUCGAACUUUUCACGUAUUUAUCACCAAAGUCAGCGAGCGGAUAAACGUAAAGCACAGAAGAAAUCUAGGAUGGCUCGGAUCCGAAUUGCCAAAGCCACAAGUGGGGCAGCGUUUGUUAGCAAGAAGAAAGCAGCCGAAGCCAGGUUGGCUGCCCAAGCUAGCGACAAUUAUAUCGAAGAGAACGAUGAAGACAUGUUUGAAUUACAGCACCAUCAUCUCCUCCGCUGCCUGGAGAAAACCACGGACCGAGAAUUUGUGGAAGUAGACGUAUCACAUCAAAUUCAGUCUAACAGAGCUUCCUUCUCGCCGCCUCCGUCUCCUGUUCCUACAAUAGCUUCCCAAAAAAGCCGUAUUUUCUCUUCAUGUUGUGGGAGACGAUGUAACCGUAAGAAAUAUCUGCAGCACAAGGAAAUUGCAACCACGGAACAAGAGGAAGAAUUAAAUGACAUUCAAGUUCGAAUGUCCAAUAGAACGCCCACUUCCGCUGACCAUCGCCAACACCAUGUUGUCUCCAUGUCUCGUUCUAGUCUCAACAAUCCUACUCCUCUGGUUACAACAGUAAAUACACCGCCAGGUGGUGGAAGUAACGUCACCACAACAGUUAUUGCAAUGCCAACAGAAAAUUCUAACUUAGGUGCAGGACUCAUGUAUGCUGAAACACACCCAUCUCAAGAACCCGUGGUGCGUAUAUCAGCACUCUAACGUGAAGUGGUUCUAUAGACCUUACAAACAAUUAUUGUAUCUCGAUGAUUGACUGAACUGUCUCCAUACUUCCAAUACGUUGCAGGUCAGAGCGGUAGGUGUCCACAUUGUGAUUCAGGUGUAAAUUAUGGUUGUGAUAAUUAGGUUUCAGGACUGUUAGUCGUCUCACGUGCUAUUUAACUUAUAGUAAGCAAGAUAGGGAAAAUAUCGGAAAGAGCAUUUGCGAGGAAUGACGAAAGUUAAGCUGUACUUUUUAUAUAGCAUGAAAAGUUGACCUAAUUUAAUGUAUUACAGAUGAGACAACUAAGUGUGUGAUCCAGAUAUCUGAUCAAAUAUCUAUUGCAAAGUUAAUAAAAAUUCUAUAAACCAGUUGCAAUUUUAAGGCAGCUAUUUAUAUUUUUUGCAUGAUAAAAAAUCGGUAUUCAAAAUGUAACGAUACCACUGACAAUAGUUGGAAAGCACACACUUGCUGUAGAAUAUGAAACCAACGAGUCAGAAUGGUUAUCUAAAAAUAACCUUUGUGUAUAAUUCUCUGCAUACUGUUUCAAACUCUGUUUAUGUUAUAUAGGAUUUCAAUUAUGACCCCUCACCCACAUGGUGCUCUGCCUUCCUGUGUACAUAUGUACACAGAUAGUGUAUGUUGUGGUGGAACAAUUGCGUUUUAUCUGAUUAGUGAAUAGAUUGGAUCUCAUUAUAACUUGAAUCUGUUUGAAGAUAUGUGAUAUGCUGAAAACCCAGAAUUGAGGCUGCUAACAGUAUAUGGUUUUAUAAAGGAUUUUAGGCUUGACCAAUUAGGUUGUAUGUCAUUAAAACAGAAUGUAAGGUAUUGAUCCACAAAACCUUAGGUCUUAGAAAAUUGAGUCAUUUUUGAGCUAGUGUAGAUUAAAAAUGUCUCAAAAAGAAUAACGUAUUAAAAUGCAGAUAUUUUGACAUGUGAAUGAAGCAAGAUUCUUCUUAGUGUACAAUAGCACCAAACCCAUCUAAGGCUUCCUUCUAAAACAAAGUAAUUUACUUAAUGACUAGAACUUUUAUAAUACAACCGUUGUAUAUUUUCCAGGUACAAUGAGUAACUUCAUUCCUGUUUACAUGGCAGGAUGGUGAAAAAUCUAGCUUACAGAAGUUCGUGUAAAAUAAAGAUCAAAAGUUAGCCUUUUAAACAAUAGAGUUAAUGUUUUCACAAAUCGCCAUGCUUAAAGAUAGGUUAGUACAAUUGUACUUGGGAAAUAUUAAAAUACUAAACUUUUCAAGGUUCAAAUAGUUGGAGUUGCGCAUGACUGUGUAGCAUGAAUUUAUACUUUUAACGGUAGGAAAUUAGUGGUUGUUCCAACUUUUGAAAGGUAUUGAAUUCCAAAUAUAUUCGAUAUCUUAUAUUAGUGAGACAUAGUAAACCUUACUACAAUUAAAAUAUAAGAAAACGAAACAUUAGUUGUAAGUCUAUCAUAUUAAAUUAUGAGUUAUACAAGUGAUCCUUUUUCCUGAAGAACGUAUGUGUAUUUAUCUUACCUCAAAAUAAUGGCUUCUUUUGAGGGUCUCCAGUAAGAAUGUAUAGAAACUCUUCGCAUUGGAUAUUCCUUUGAUUCAUGUCGCUUUAUCUUUCCUUAAUAAAAUGUGUCAUAUUUUUCCAAACUUACUAAUAAUACAUUUGACGUCGCCAUCGAGCAUUUAAACGCUUUGUGCUGAAUUUUACAUUUUUACGAUGUUUAUCCUUUCUCUCUGUUUGCCUUGAAUGGUGUUCUUGUUUGAAAUCAUAUUUAAUGAGUGCCAAAUAUGUGUAAGCUUCUUUUGAAAUCCUUACACCAUUUUAGACAAUCUCUUAGAUACGAUUCUCUGCUUCUAUAGCAUCUUUUGAUAACUCAAUAUUAAUGUUUCAAGAGAUAUCUGUGACAACCUUAUAGCCAAGUCUGACCUAGAUAUUUCUAGAUACACCGACUACUAGAAUUUUCUAAUAGUUUUUGUGGUAAAACAUGUAAGUUUCUUUUUUUCUUAUUUGACCUAUCUUUAGAAUUAUUCAUGAAUAAUUCAUAAAAUUUUAUUAAAAGAACUUUCAAUUGUUUAAGAAAAUCUGUCCAUCGUAGAAACUAAUAUUUAUCCUAAUACUCAUUGACAAGAUAUUAUUACUUUUUUGGUAAAUAAACAAACGAUAAAAUAUGCCCUUAGCAUAAUAAAUUGAAUACUCAAUAACAUUAACUACCUAGAAGGGCAAAUUAUAUAACAAUUUCAAUAUUACGUCAAACUGAGAAACUCAACUUUAAAUAAAAAGAGUGAACUUAGGUCAAUGGAAGUUACAACUGUUGUAGAGAACGGCUCUUUUGUGGGUUUAUACGCUUACAUUUAACCUCUUUUGUUGCCUAGUAACCAACGGAACUUUUUUUUUUUAGCGCACUGAAAAGCUUAUCUACUUACUAAGGAAUCUAACCAACUUACAUAAAGCCAAAAUAAUCACAUCACGUGUUCUUGGUCGAGUUAAAACUGGAAUGUUGACCAACAUCUCAUUUUAGAGCAGCCAUUUUCAUGGAAGAGGAACUGACAUGUCAAAAGUUAAUAUGCCCUUAGGGAUAAAAACCAAAGGGGUUAAAUACAACUGCAGUGUUAACCAAUAUCUCUUCUAGAUCAGACAUUUUGACGGAUAAGGGAACUAACAGAGUAAAGGUCACUAUGCUCUUAGGGGCAAAUAAAAGGGGUUAAAGGUAGUGCGUCGACAAAUACUAUAAUAAAAUAAUAAUUAUGCGAAUGUUUUAAGGAAGCCAAGCGUUAAAAGGUAAAGCUAAUUUUGAAUUUUGUUAUAUAAACAUUAAGAAUAUGUAUAUAUAUAGCUGUUGCUUAUUUUCAGCAAUAAGAUGAAUAAUUCAUAUAGAUGCAGUUAGCAAUCCCAGGCCUGAACAAUCUUCACGUAUUAUAAUAAUACCUGAAGGCUGACAUAUGGUCGCUCAACUGUGCAGUUACACGUUUGUCAAGUACUUUAUCCCUGCCAGAUUCUUAAAAUUGUGAAAAAUAGUGCUCAAAAUGUUAUGGAUUGAAUCUUCUACAUCAUAGUAUAAUAGUAAAUUAAAACAGCGGAAAAAAAACCCUUCCUUUUUGUCAAAAUAAGAUAUGCAUUAUAUUUGUUGUUUUUUUUCUGUCUUCUUUUUGUACUCUUGUUAUAUGUGAGUUACUAUGGUAAGCAAAGUUGCAUUCAAUAAAAACACUCUGUGACUACGUGAUUUCACAACUACAUGCUGCAAUGAAUGUACAUAUCGGUAACAUGGCUCAGUUUAAACAUGUUUCAUACCUAGCGUCUCAGAUUGGCCAUAGAAGAAAUAGACAGUGUAAAUUGAUUUUAUGGAAAUGAAACAUUUUUCUGUUUCAUAAUCAUGUUUGUUAAGCUCGUACAGACGUAACCAAUUAAGGGACGCUCGUAAUGUCUAGCUCGUAACGCACAUGAGCAUUAUUCUCGCAAGCAAAAACAAAUGCCAGUAACAUCUUAUAACAUUUGACGAAAGUCAGUUGAAACUAACAUAAAACAAAAAAGUGCGAUAUCAAGAAACAUUUUCUGUGUACCUGUUAAAUUUACACAGUAUCUUAACUUUUUAUCCCAUUAAACGGUGUACAGUAGAACACUAAAAUCAACAUUAUUCAACCAUAUACACAGAGUACAGUAAAACACUAAAAGCAACACUAUUCAAAAGACUAAACAGUGCACGGUAAAACAAUAAAAUAACACUAUUCAACCUACUAAACAGUACACAGUAGAACAUGAAAAGCAACGCUAUUCAACCGAUUAAAUAGUGGACAGUAACACACUAAAAUCAACAUUAUUCAACAAGUUAAAGAGAGUACAGUAAAACACCAAAAGCAACACUAUUCAACACUUUUUUUUUUGUAAUGGCAGGCGGGACUUUGAGUUUUCACUACACACUGAUUAAAAUAUUUAAUUUAAUGUAAUUAUAUUUUAGUCCAAAAACAACAACUUGCUGCUUCCAAAUGAAUAACCUACUUUCGACUAAUAUCUAUUUUGGUAGAAAAAACUAGAAGAGGUAUUUAUAUUUUGACAGAAAUUUAAAAAGCGAUGUUUAUACUGAAGCACCUCUUCUAAGAAGGCCAUAUGAGGUUAAAUAGAAGAUUUCACAGUACUUAUUACGUAUUAUGAAAGCCAAAAUGGGUCACAAUCACGAAAAAUAAUGAAUGAAAUAAAAAGUAUUAAGAACCAAAAAUAGCCGCAUAUUUGACCGAAUAUAUAUAUAGAUAUAAAAUCAUUAAAUUUGAAAGCAAGUUACUUUUUACAAACAUCAUUAUAUAUGCGCGUUUGACAUCUCAUAGGUCAGUUGUUGUUGUGUUUUGUUUUCCUGAAGAAAGUUGGUAUAUAGAUACGUCUCUAACGUUUCGAAGUUUUCAAAUCUUUAUUCAUAAUUCUAGUGAGCGCAAGAACGCUUUGCGUUAAUUUGAUAAAACAAGUACAACAGAUUCCAGCAAGUAAACUACACUGUGAGAAGAAUCUCUAAUAUAUAUAUAUAUUAUACGGAACUUUAUUUCUUUAAGAGACAGUACCCAGAUAUCUGUCCUUGAUAAUAUUUCUAGGAAACAAAAUGGGUUUUCGUUGUUGACAUCUUUAGUAGUUUUACAAUAUUUUCAUACGAAUCCGAAAUAAAAGAAGAAACUUAUUCCACACACAAAAUAGUAUUUUUUAUUUGCGAUCAAAACAUUCUAGUUAGAUAACAUGCACAUUUUGUGGUACAUUGACGUAAUGAUGACUAGCAAAUGCGGUUCUUUGUUCUUUUAUCUUUCAGUAAAAUCAAUCAAAAUUAAUUGCAUGAACUCAUAUUUUCAAAAACUAUCGUGACCUCAAUACAAGAAACAAUGGGACUUGUAGGGGGAAAAUAAUUAUAAAUUCUCUGUAGGCUGAAAAUCGCAUAUUCAGUAAAUUUUCAUUAUAUUUACUUUCUAUGUUUAUAGCUUUCACUGUAGAAUGACGACAGUGUAAAACUAUUAUUACACCUUUCCAAUCUAACGUUAUAAAGUCGAGGUACAGUUAAUAAAACUGACACUUUAAACAACACGCUUUUCAUAACCUAAAAAAAGCAGUUAUUUUAAAAUUUCAAGUUCUAAUAAUAACAUUUUAUUAUUCUUCAUUUGAAAGACCCGAGCCCUUAAAUUUAGUUGGUUUCUAUUCAACUAUUCUUACUUUUCUAUGUAAACAAAAAACUAACAGCAACCUGAUUAAUCUAAGCUUUUAGAGCCUUUUCCUAAAAAACGAAACACUUUACUCGUUAUAACAAAAAUCACUGAAAGGAAUAAGGACCGUCUAUGUCCGGCACAGAGCAGGAGUAUUUAUAGAAGCGACUCCUCCUCCUCCUUACGAAUAAAAACAAUACUAUAAAUACCGCUUAUGUCAGGUUUAAUCUUAACAUUUUAAAUUAUUCCUAGUUACAUACAUACGCAUAUCCAUACUACUGUACUGUGUGAAUACGAGCACCUUAUUAUACAGUUUCUCAUAUACAAUAUAAACUUUUAAAUGCGUGGAUAGAGAUUCUUGCCUAAACAACCAAAACAUGAGCGAAAUAUGGUGUGCCUCAAUAUAUAAUUGUAUUUUUUAAAAUGCUGGUGCAAGAGCUUUUCGUAAAGGCCAAUCUGGGACGAGCUUUUUUUUUCUUUCUCUCUCUCCCACUCACAAGUGACAGCUCAUUAUAAGAUAAUGGGUUUAGUUGUGCUAGCAGUUCUGUAAUUGUUGAUUAAGUUUGUUUGUCUCUGUGCUCUUAAAACUAAUUUUUUUAUUUAUAUAUAUAUAUAUAUAUAUAUUUGUUCUGAAAACUGUACAAAUUCCAGUUUCACUGUAAUUUCAAAGCUGUUGCCAAUAAAAUGUUAAGACUGACAAUCACA